AUGUGCGGCAUCUUUGCCUCGCUGAGCCGCCAUCACCAUGUCCGUCCCGACCGAGGCACCGCGCUGUUCCUGGACAACAGGGGCCCCGACUGCUGCCACACCCUAGAGCGCUCCAUCGACGCCGCCGCCCGCGUGCAUGCUGUCUUCCGCUCCACCGUCUUGGCCCUGCGGGGAUCGAGCGUCGUUCCGCAGCCGCUGCUGGACGCCGCCGACGGCUCCAUCUUGUGCUGGAAUGGAGAGGCUUGGGAGAUCGACCAGGAGCCCGUAACCGGCAACGACUCCCAGGCCGUGUUGAAGCUUUUCCAAGACGCAUGCGGUCAAAGCCGGCCCAACUCGGCGGCCGCGGUCGUCGACUGUAUUUCGCGCAUCCGCGGGCCUUACGCCUUUGUGUUCUACGAUGCCGUUGGCCGCCGCCUGUUCUACGGUAGAGAUUGUCUGGGCCGACGUUCGCUGCUGCAGAGCACCACUGAGGCCGGCGACUUGGUGCUGUCGAGCAUCUGCGACGGCCAUGUCAGCUCAUCCUGGCGUGAGGUUGAAGCUGACGGUAUCUACAUGGUCGAUUUGGACGCUGGCAUCGCGCCCACUUUCCGCGUCACCCACAUCCCGUAUCUGUAUCCAGGCGCUGACGCUGUUGAGAGCCCGGCGUUGGUAUUGCCAUACUCGCCAUUGAAUCGGGCCGUGUCUACAAGUCCGCCUUUGCUGGCUGAAGACUCCUCGCCCGUGAGCUCGUUGAGGGACCACCUGGUGAGAUCGCUCAAACUGCGCCUGAAGGACGAGACGCCCAGUGCCCAUCACAGCGGCGACAAACAGGACCAGAAGCACGCAAAAAUCGCCAUUCUUUUCUCCGGUGGGCUCGACUGCACGGUCAUCGCUCGCGUCGCGCAUCAAAUUUUGCCGUAUUCCGAGCCUGUCGAUCUUCUUAACGUGGCAUUCGAAAACCCUCGUAUCCAUCGUCCCCACACCGAUAAGAGCGGGUCCGACUUUUCGCCCUACGAGCUCUGCCCCGACAGGAUUACGGGCAGGGCUUCCUAUGCCGAGCUGUGCGACGUCUGCCCAGAGCGAGCUUGGAGGUUUGUUGAAAUUAAUGUUCCAUAUGUGGAGACAUUAGCCCACCGCGACGUGGUCAUCGCGUUGAUGCACCCGCACAACACCGAAAUGGAUCUGUCCAUCUCGUAUGCUCUCUACUUCGCCUCCCGUGGCCGUGGCACGGUGAAGGAGCUCGCGGGCCAACGAGUCGAAUACGCCACACCGGCGAGAAUCCUCUUGUCCGGACUUGGUGCGGACGAGCUCUUUGCCGGAUACCAGCGCCACGCCACAGCCUUCAGCCGCAACGGCCUGACUGGUCUCAUCGACGAACUCGAGCUGGACAUCACCCGGCUCGGCAAGCGGAACCUGGGCCGCGACGACCGAGUCAUUUCGAACUGGGGUAAAGAAGUGCGCUUUCCCUAUUUGGACGAGCAGCUGCUUGCCUGGGCGUUGCAGGUGCCGGUGUGGGAGAAGACUGGGUUCGGACAGGCGCCAGCCCCGGACUCGGGCAGGGGUGAGACGGUGGAGCCGGGAAAGAAGGUGUUACGACUGCUCGCAUGGGGGCUGGGAAUGAGGAGUGUGGCGUUUGAGAAGAAGCGCGCAAUCCAAUUCGGAGCUCGCACGGCCAAAAUGGAGGCCGGAAAGGUAAAGGGGACGCAGGCAAUAAAAUAA